UUAUGCAUGAAGUGCGUUGGCAGUGCUUAUAGGAAAUUCUCUCCGUAUUCUCCCCUGUUAUUUUUUCUGUUACAUUCUGUCUUUCAUUUGCCGGAUUCGCCUUUUGCCAACACUGAGUUUUUAACCUGUCACACAAGGAGACUUUAUACUUUUGGAUCAUACGAGUGAAAUACUUUCCUCGGCAUUAUGACUGACCAAGGCGUUGCCUCAAAUGCGAACCCGCCUGUCUAUCCAGGGCCACUCGAUGCGAAGGCAAACCCUCCUCAAGGCUAUCCCCCUCAACAGGGCUACCCACCGCAGCAAGGUUACCCACCGCAGCAAGCGUACCCCGCCCAGCAGGUGGGCUUCCAGCCGCAGGCAGCCACUGUAGUCACAGCGACUCCCGUUCCUGGUCAACCGGUGAUCGUCCGCACCGCUGCCGUCGGCGCGCAGCCCAACGACUUUUUGGCGUUGGCCAUCAUUGUCACUAUCUUCUGCUGUUUGCCUCUGGGAAUAGUGGGGAUCUUGAAGUCCAUGGAGGUCCGGAGCAAGUGGGCUGCAGGGGACGCGGCCGGGGCCCAGCAGGCGUCGCAAGAGGCCAAAAAGUGGUCCCUGAUCGGUCUGAUCGUGGGCAUCGUCGCUGAAGUCAUCGGGGUCAUCAUCGUCAUCGUCUAUUAUGUAGCCAUCGCGUCCAGCGUCUACUCUUACUAUUAACGGGGACCGCACCGCUGGGGGCCGCAUUUGUCUCACACGGAUCUGGAUCACGAUCGGUGAUUCGUCGUUGGUUUAUGGACACCAAAAGUCGCCUAAUGGAUGAUGCGAACCAGCAUUGUUGCAUACGCGUUAAACUGCCCUCACACGAGUUUGUAAUUUGAAAAUUGUUGCAUAAUGCAUUGCUUUCUUCUAAAUUGUCGCUCGUCAUUGGCCUAGUUCAUGAUUAUUGUGUGUAAUUUCACUCUGGAAUUAUGACUCUGUUUCUUUGACAAUAAUAAUACGCAUAGUUUGCCAACGAGUUUUUUUUUACGAGCUUGUGCUUAAGGUUUAAUGUGCUAAGCGAUAUUUUUUCUGCCUAAAAGUGGGGCCCACGGUAGACUUGACUCAAGUCGGGAUCUCCGAUCUGUGACGUCUUCGUUUUUGCUAUUAAGUACAAAUCGAACGAGACCGUGCGCCGUUACUUGCUUCGCGCCCUGUUGUGUCAACUUAUUUCUGUCAGUUCCUGACUGGUGACACGGCUCGAGUUUGGGCGGCCUGUUCUAGGCACGGGUUUCGUGUUCUCGCGCUCGCACGCCGGGAACAUGACCCAAGAACACUGUCUCGUAACGCGAUCACACACCAUCUCCUCAUCGGGGUUUUACACAAACACACGGAAAAUUUCGUGAGAUUUCAUUCUUGAAAACUGUAAAAACUAUCGAGAUGGCUUACAAAGCUGGAGACAAUGGAACAUUUUGCAAGAUUAACAUUAAUGAUUAACCAUGGCAGAAAUGCUUUUUUAAUGGAAGAGAAUUCAGCCCAGUUUUCAAAAAAAAAAACUCUCAAAGAAUGCACAAGGACGCCGCCAUGUUGCAUUUUGCUCGCAUGCUAUAAAAUAACUACCGGUAGUACGAUAACCGGUUGUACGUUCCUGGCGUUCGAGCAGCCGACCCAGGAAAAACAAAUCGAGCUGUUCGUGAACAUCCGAGACUAAGCCACCCGAACUCAGCCACGUUGUACAAUAAAGGCUAUAAUGAGGGCGCCUUAUAAGGGUUACGCGAGCUUGCGGGCCGAGCGCGACCGCCGUGUGGUGCGUACCGACUGAAGGGAUGGGGCGGGGAUGGCUGACUAAGGAAGGGCAACGUAAGUCCGACUUGAUUCAAGUCUAGGCCCACGGUAUCCGUAAUGUGAGCGCCAACAGCGACCGUUAUGAAGGGACCCCCUUGCAAUAUCUGGGAAAAUCCUGGACACAGCGGACAGAGGUUCUUCAUAAGUAUAGCUCUAAGAACGAAUAAAGUAUUACUAAAAACUGAGAAAAGGGGAGUGAUUUGUUUAAUUUCAUUCCAUACACCCGUGUCAUUCUGUAUAAUUAUGCUUUAUGUAAUUAAUUGUUUCAAAACAAAAAAUCAGACAUGGUAAAUAUCUUCAGCAUUUGCUCCUUGUUUAUUUCAAUGCAAGUGAUCUCUAGAUCAUCGAAAUAUAGACUUUGGUAAUUUCCUUUAAGAACGGGGCGUUGCCUAAUCUUUCUCUUCACCCAAGCAGCAGGCCUCAGUUCUACAAUGUACUGUCCAUAAUACUUUCCAGAUUGCGCUGACGACUGUAUCUAAUCCUACAGAUAUUUGCAUGGCUGCCAUCUUGCAGGCCAUUGCUUUUGUUCCACAGGGUAUGCGCAGAGGGGGCUCCUCUGUAGAACAAAAGAACUUCCCCUGCAAGAUGUUUUCCACGCAACGCCUCUAGCUUAAGUGUACGAGAU